AGAAAUAAUAAUUUACAAUUUUAAAUCUCGAAAAAUGUUAACUUACAUAAAAACAGCUAUAUAGAAAUACGAAGAAACUACGGUAUUCGACGAUAAUGCCAUAGAAAUACACAAUUACAGAGAGUACAGAGAAGGUUGAAUUCCGUAGCUCGGUAUCUAGCAAUUACCAACUGUAUCAUUCAGAGACGAAUAAAAAUGAUAAGAAAAUAAAAGAAAUAAUAAUUUACAAUUUUAAAUCUCGAAAAAUGUUAACUUACAUAAAAACAGCUACGUAGAAAUACGAAGAAACUACGGUAUUCGACGAUAAUACCAUAGAAAUACGCAACAACAAAGAGUAAAGAGAAGGUUGAAUUUCGUAGCUUGAUAUCUAGCAAUUGCCAACUGUAUCAUACAGAGACGAAUAAAAAUGAUAAGGAAAUAAAAGAAAUAAUAAUUUACAAUUUUAAAUCUCGAAAAAUGUUAACUUACAUAAAAACAGCUACGUAGAAAUACGAAGAAACUACGGUAUUCGACGAUAAUACCAUAGAAAUUCGCAACAACAAAGAGUAAAGAGAAGGUUGAAUUCCGUAGCUCGGUAUCUAGCAAUUACCAACUGUAUCAUUCAGAGACGAAUAAAAAUGAUAAGAAAAUAAAAGAAAUAAUAAUUUACAAUUUUAAAUCUCGAAAAAUGUUAACUUACAUAAAAACAGCUACGUAGAAAUACGAAGAAACUACGGUAUUCGACCAUAAUACCAUAGAAAUACGCAACAACAAAGAGUAAAGAGAAGGUUGUAUUCCGUAGCUCGGUAUCUAGCAAUUGCCAACUCUACGAUAUACAGAUGUAUUAAUAACGAAUUUACUAUUAAUUAACAAUAUAAUAUUCUUAAUAAGGAAUUUAGUAUUCUUCCGAUCGGAACAUUACGAUACAGCAUUCGAUCUUUCUCCCGACAAACUUAGAAAUUGCUCUAGACAAAUAUUUCUAUGUUUAAAGUAGGUAGUCGAGGAGCAAGGCGGAAUAAUCACACGUGGUGGAACGCGUAAAUCUUUCGUAACGGUUUGCUCCAGUUUAUUUCCAGUAUAUGCCGGCAAGUCGUACACGUCAGUCAUAAGAUACAUCUCGAUCUCGAUGCAACAACCGUGCCGCGACUCGUGCCACGAAAACAGUGUACCUUCGUCUUUCCAGCAAUUAAUCCCCAGGCUAAAAUUGAAGACGUUUCAUAAUUGGAGAAGGGGUCACGACAACGAGCUUGAAAAAGUGACGGCGCAGCGCCGCGCGUCGUUCAAUUGACCAUCAUUCGACUUGAUUCGUGUCAGUAAACAACUAGCGCAAACAAUAGCCGUGUGGCCGAAAUCCUUUCGAAAAAAGCAAUCUGUGGCAGAUGUUGUUACGACGUAAAAUUCACGGAAUCGACAUCAGGUGAAGCGCUUAAGGAGGAAAAUAGGUGGUAACGGUGCCAAGAGAGUCCUGAAUUUUGCAAAAAACCAGUGCAACGCAUUCUCCGGAUGCGACGAAUCCGUUCAGCGGCUGUUCACGCUGGUAAUUCUAGUCGGUUAUCCAGUUCUCCGUGGGCAUUAGAACAGUGCAGUUCAUACGCAGUCCACGCUGUUACGUUACUUUUCACUCUGUACUGAAUUCGUCCCGUCUCGUUUCAACUAACUAACCAGUCGGCGGCCGAGUGAAAUAUUUUCCAAACGGAAGAAAGGAUUUGCAAAAAGGAACAUUGCGAGAAUAUCGAAAUAGCGAAAGAGAAAAACAGCGAAAUUUAGCGAAAUUAGAUCGUUAAACGAUAUGUUGAUCACGCCUUAGCAAUGAAUUGGAAAUGCUGAAAGGGCAGAUACUUAAAAGCUGAUGGACAUUGGGAAAGAAAUAAAAUCAAGGCGAUUUUAACGCGAAUCGCGGUUAGACAGAGAGGUCGGCUAACGAGAAGACUUUUGGAGAAACAAGUUUGCCAAGACGAAAGACGAAAGAUGGCGAGCGUAGAUAAAAAUCUCGAGGAGCUGAUGAUGCAUCUUGGCGAAUUUGGUAAAUACCAAUGCUGGCAAUUCUGCUUGCACAUUCUCGGUGCAUUGACAGCCGGUCUGCAUAUGCUCACCUUACUCACAGUCGCUGCAGUGCCACCGCAUACGUGUAACGUUCCUCGGUCCACGUUUCCGACAGAAUCGUUCAAUUUCACAUCUUCAACAUGGAAUUCCUCUAUCGCGUUCGAUGACGUUCCCCGAGCGGUGGACGCGUGCCACUAUUUGGACGCGAACAACGUUACGAAGGAGUGCGAUUCGUGGACCUAUGACACGGAGUACUUCCAAUCGUCGCGCGGAAUGGAAUGGAAUUUCGUUUGCUCGCAGCGAUGGAUGGGCGCAGCAGCGCAGUCUUGCUACAUGUUCGGCGUGUUUAUCGGAGCCGUAACGCUGGGCAGUUUGGCCGACAAGUACGGCAGAAAGAUAAUAUUCUACGUGUCUGCUGUUGCCCAACUUGUUUUCGGAGUGACCGUAGCUUUGGUGAACAAAUACUACCUUUUCCUCAUCCUUAGAUUUCUAUACGGUAUCUUCGGUUCGGCUGGCGCUUACAUAACAGGAUUCGUCCUGACGAUGGAACUGGUCGGAGCAACAAAGAGGACCGUUUGCGGAAUAAUGUUUCAACUGGCGUUCGCCGUUGGGUUCAUGUUAGUAGCCGUUUGGGGUGCCGUGAUCAAGGACAGAACGUGGCUGCAAAUCGUCUACGGGCUUCACAGCGUGCUUCUCAUCGGCCACUGGUGGCUUAUGGACGAAUCUCCACGUUGGCUGUGGGCCCAAGGUCGCGUCAGCGAAGCGCUGACUAUCAUACGAAAAGGUCUGAAGAUGAAUGGCAACAACGUAGAUAUAGAUACGGGGAAAUUGAUCAGCGAAGGGAAGAUACGGCAGAUGGAUCAAGAGGAACAAGGUUCUUACGGAGCCUUGGAUCUCUUCAAGACUCCGAAUCUCCGGAAGAAAACGUUGAACGUAUGUCUGAAUUGGUUCGCCAAUUCCAUCGUCUAUUAUGGGCUGUCAUUGAAUGCAGGAAAUCUCGUUGGAAAUCCAUUUCUGAUGCUGUUCCUCAGCGGUUUGGUGGAAUUACCUUCGUACUUGCUAAUGUGCUUCCUAAUGGACCGUACUGGAAGAAGAUGCCUGGUCAGUACGUUCAUGUUGAUCGGCGGUGUGUGCUGUAUAAUCGCCUCCAGCAUCCCGACUGGUACUGAUACAGCUGCCACCAUAAUCGUGACCAUCGUCCUGUUCGGCAAAGCUUGCAUAGCUGGCUCGUUCGCGGUUAUUUACAACUACACGGCCGAACUGUUCCCUACGGUAGUAAGAAAUACCGCCUUGGGAAUAGGCUCUAUGUGCGCUCGUUUCAGCGGAGCUCUCACACCGUUGAUAAUGCUGUUGGACUCUCUGAAUCCCAAAGUGCCUGCGGUACUCUUCGGUUUCGUCGCCCUGGUAUCUGGUUUCUUAUCGUUGUAUCUGCCGGAAACUGUGAAUCAGCCGAUGCCUGAAACGAUCGAGGACGGUGAGAAUUUUGGCAAACACGACACCUGUUUCGCUAUGUAUUUGCGCUCGGGCAGAAAAACCAGCGCCGCUUACGAAGCUACACAACUUACGCAACUCACCGUCGACACAGACGAGAAGGAGAAGCUGAAUGAAGGAGGAAGCCCCAAGGAAAAUUCCCACUAGAGAGCAUCCGCUGCCGUUCUUUUUUAUUCUUAUAAAAAUCUUCAAAAACAUUCCUACUAUCGUCGAUUUGUUUCUCGAUUGACCGUUUUACGCUUAACUCGACUGGACUAUGAGCAGGUAAAACUCGAGCGAGAGUACAUAUCGCGAUUGAAUUAUUUUCCUAAUCCUAUACGAUUCUAAUCGCUAAAUAUGGAAGAAAGUUUUACCGGUAAAUUUUCAACUUGUCGCGACCAUCGUAAAAUAAUCCUUAUUAAGCCAUUGAUCCAUUAAAUAUCGAUAUACGUACGUGUAUUUGCGUGCUACAUUGGUUCACCACAGUAUUCGUAGCAAUCGAAGUUUACUAAUUUUCGAUAAACUCGUAUACGUGUAGAGUACGGCCGAGUAACAUGUACAAGCGAGCACGAGGUGAUUCAUUAUGAAAGAAUAAGAACGAAAUAUAGAAUAAAAUUUGUUCAUUGAAGGCUUAGUUUUCGAGAAAAUUGAGUUUGGAAAUUUACCAAGUAUACUUGAACAUGACUAAUUACCGACUGGUAUGAGUAACCGAUCGAUAAGAUGUUAUCGAUAGAAGCGAAAGUAAGUAGAAGAUAUAAAAUAAAACUUGUCUGUUCAAGGUUAUAUUUUCAAAAGAACAGAGUUCGAACAUGUUUAGUUAAGAAUCGAUCUAGUACUUACACGCGUACGAUAAUUUUUCAAAUUUAUUUUCUCGGAAACAAAGCGCCUCGAGGAAAUAUUUCAUUCUGCGUUUUCCACUUAUUUUCAAGCGUAAAAUGACCUGCUGUCGAUUAUUUGACCCUGCCUAGUCCGGAAUUAGCCAGGUUAAAAUAUGCUUGAUAAAUUUUAAAACUCGAUUUUCUUGUAAAUCUAGCCUUAAAUGAAAAAAUUUUAUUCCAUAUUGUGUUCUUAUUUUUUCAUAAGGAAUCACUUCGUAUCCGCUCGUACGUGUUAUUCGGCUGCACCCUGUACGUUUCAACCGACUAUAUACGUAUCGUGUAAUUUUAGUCUAUUAGAAACUUCCACAAGUAGUUACUCUCUGCCUUGAAUAUCCUAUACAUUUUUCCGAAAUAAACUUUCAUUUAUUUAUUUAUAAUUAUCGAAUCUUUCUUUCCAUCUUGCAGCUUUCCACGCGAUAAAUUCUCCGUUUAAAGUUGAACAUUUUUAGCGCACUUGACGGAUUACUUUGACGCCAUAUUGGCUUUUAGCCGUCAUUCGAUUGGUCGCGCGGACGAACGCGGAACCGAAGUUGCUGCAAAUUGGUUUGACUGGCGUAAUCAUAGAGAUAUACGUAUAUACAUAUACACAGAUAUAGUUGUGUGUGUGCGUGUGUGUGUGUGAUGACAUUUAUUUACAAGCAACGAUGUCACUCAUUGCUCGAAUCGUGGCUAGAAGCCAAUAUGGCGUCAAAGUAACCGGUUAAAUACGCUAAAAAUGCUCGAUUUUAUACAAGUACGAACGCGUAACUUUUGAACCAGUAGGUGCUGCAUUUUAAAACUCGUUUCUUAGGUUGGGACACAUCGAAAACUACAAGUUAAGUCUUUUUAAGUUAAACCUUUUUACCUAUUACAUAUAUGUAUAUGCGUAUACGUCCAUAUAUGCAUCUCGAACAUUUUGCUUCCUUUAAAUUUCCCAUGAACGAAUAGAAGUCGACGAAUCGUCCGAUUAUGGCCACCUGUUUACGGUAACUGUGCAGUUUACGAUCAAAUGCGGUUAUGUUUGCCAGCAUUAAUGUCGAUCAUUCAAGAAACCUUGGAUAGUGAUUUUUCUUUUUAUAUUCGAUCCUUCUUUACAGACGCAUCGAUCGAUGCAGCAGGUUGGUAACACUAACCUUACCAGGCCCAUUUCAUAUGACCGGUUUCAAAAUCUAAUUUAAAAUCGUAGAUUCAUUGUUAUUUCUUUCAUUCGUCUAACUUUAUGUGAAUUCUUAUAUUAACAAAAAUUGAGAAAUCGAUUAAUCGGAUAAUAUAAGGAUAAUUACAUAAAUUUAGGUGAACGAAGGAAAUAACGAUGAGAUUAAAUUUCGAAACCGGUCGUUUGACCGGACCUCGUAAGAUUAGUGUUAAACAUUCGGUCGAGAUUGUAAAUAGAGCUUCUCAGAAUUUUUAUUCGUCUUAACAAAUUUUAAUUUUAGAAAAUUGGCUCGUUUAGAAAAUUUUAAUACGUACAUAGUUGUGACGUUCGAUUAAAAUGCUUGAAAUUAUCUUUCGUUCGAUAGAAAAUUGUAUCGUAUAAUAAUUCUACGGCAUUUUCAUCUAGUGCAUAUCGACAAGUUCCUUCCUGUUCUGUUCAAACUGUGUGAUGUCUUUCUCCGAGUUAUAGAAAAUAUACAAUCGAGACCUUUACGUUCUACACUUUACGCGAUAUGUAUUUGUCGUCGCCAAGGAGUCCUGAUUUUCCACCAAUUAUGUCCAGAGACAUAAUAUUGCAAGGCUAUAUUAUAGCCUAUAGUCUAUAUAUUAUAGUCUAUAAUCUAUAGUCUGUAGACCAUCGGUAUACCAACAAAUAAUUUUCCCUAUACGAUUAAUUUCUGUAUUCUAAACUAUACGCGUUCUAACCUUAAAGCAUGAACAUUUUUUUCGAAACUUCUGUCUUUUAAUUUCCAGCCCGCCUCUAAAUCUAUGUAAAAUAAUCUAUUUAAUCAGUUAGCUGUUUUUGACGAGUAUACUCGUCAUGAAGAAAUGGCAAUCGUUUGUGUUACGACGAGUAUACUUGUCAUGUAUAAAAGGUACUUACAAUAUGCUGUUUAAAUUACAAUUUAGUAAUCGCAGUAAAUUGCGGUAAUGAAAUUAAAAAAUAAAACAUUCAUAUCAUUAUAAGUUAAUUCUAUGUUACAACAGGCACACAUACUCCGUGUUUGACGAGUAUACUCGUUAUCGCUUACUUUUUCCCCACACAUUUUAAGUGCUACACACUUUUUAAAGAGAUCGUAACAGCUAACCGGUUAAAAUAUUUACGAUACUUUAUAGAAAUAUGCUUUUUAUAAAAUUUAUAACUUAUAUAAAAAAUAUAUUUAUACAUUAGGAGAAUAUCGUGAAAACUUACAUGUACGUAUAUAGAUACUUGGGUAUACGCACAGAGAUGGAAAGCAAGGUGCUGUGGAAGGUGCGCGGUCCUGAUUGGCUCUUUUUCGCAGACUCAACGCUUACGUCGUAAAUUUAAGCACGCGUAUUGGCCGCAAGCGUUGCAUAUACAAACAAAAGAAUGUAAAAUCCCGUGACAGAGUGAGCAGUGUUUCACUUGCCGCUGUGUUAUCUCGUCACGUUUCUUUCCAUCUCUAGCUACAUCUCCAUCUUUGCGUUAUCUAAAAAUCUGCAUAUAUACAUACGUACAUACUUAUGUAAGUGCAACCGUCUCUCAAUUUACGCAGAGCAUUCGUUUUAAGCGACCGAAAAUCGCGUAAAUAAAGUCUAUUUCGUAAAUAGUUACGGAAGAAGAAAUAUGUACACAUAUGACUACUAGCGCAACGUAAUGAGCUUCCAUCCUUGUUUUACACUGCACUGACGCGUUUCAACAUCGCCGAAUAAGUUACUGUAUGUAUUCUACUUGUUGCUUUUAAGACUUCUGGGAAAAUAUAUUCUCUGGCCGCUUGAAUUAACACACCGAGGGCGUUACUCUCUGACAAGCAUACAGUUUGAAUUGCCGCGUAUUUUUGCCGCGUAUUUUGAAAAGAUUCAAAACAUCGCCCGGAAAGUUCGUUUCGAUUUCGAUUCGAUAUACAUUUAUCGAUCUAUACAGGUGCGAUUUUCUUCCACCUUCCAUCCUUCCGGAACUUCUCAGGUUUUCCAACGAAAAACUAUUCAGCACGAUAUUUUAUUUCCACCAAAUUACUUAAAAAAUCGGUACGGACCUCCCGGAGCAGCAUUUAACCAGCGUAGUAUUUAAUAAAAGAUCAACGAGCAUAUUUAAAAAUACUUUUAGUAACGUUUUUCUAGCGUGAAACGCUUGAAAACAAUUUGCCGGAUGGAUACUGGUGCUAAAGAAAAUGUAUUAUUUUAUUAAAUUGCUUAAAAAUCGGAACGAACUUUCCGGGCGAUCAAUAUUACAUCCAACAUAUCGAUAACGGUUUCAUAUUAUUCAAACAUGUAACCUACAAACAUAACAUUCACAACAUUUCGUUCAUAAUGUCCAUUGCUUUUUUUUUUACUAUUUUGUUUAACAAUAGUUAACAUUUUUUAUAAGAUAUCGCAUUAAGUGCGUAAGGCGCGAACGUGUUAAAAACUACCGCGUAAACCGCGUAAGUUAUACUUUACCGCGUGAAAAGAAUGGCGCGUAAAUCGAGAGACGCGUGUAUUUACGUGCAACCUACGUGGAUUAGGGUGCGAAGCGUGCGCGGUAAACCUACUGCAAAGAACUGCAUAUCAGCGCCUUCGUAAGUUUCUUCCAUAUUUGUUGUUUGAAAGUAAACGCGAAAGUAAACGUAAACGUUUAACAUGUAUAUUAAAAAUAUAAUACACCUAGGUAUUUGUUGCGCAUCUGUUAACAAACUUGAACUGGCAAGACUGAACGUUUCUAGGACCUUCUCAUCAAAUCAGUGGCUUUUAUCGAUUUUACGAAUUUUCAGCUAUUCGUCGAAUCGAAAUACAUACGUAGUACGUAUAAAGUAGACGACAAUCUUUGAAAUUUAGCUUUAAACAUCGGAAAGUAUACGCAGUAAUAGAAUUUUUUAAACGUCCAAGAUUUGUAUAUUUUGCAUAGUUAAAACGAUUAUAUCUACGUCGAUAAGAAUGUUAGAACGUGUAAAGAACAAAAUACAAACACCGAAUAUCACAUUUCAAUUUUUAAUGUCGCAUUUAACGGCAUGUUCCUUUCCCACAUAUCAAUUUGUAAGAAAAAGGAAAGAGAUUUAAUUGGAAAGGAGAAAAACAUGAUAAUUAGGGGGUACAAUUUCGUUGUUUGCAUUUUGUCUGAUUUCCAUGUUACCGUCUAUACAACUAAACAAAAGAAUUUUAACACGACUUAAUCGAAGACUUUAUAUUUUUUGCUAAUAAUUCGUAAGUCGAGUAAAUGUUCUGCAAACCAAACGUGUUCAUUUGUGAGGCAAGCGAUACUCCGAUACCUUCGGUAUUUGAAUAUUUGAAUACAUAGCACUAAAAUCAAAUAUGAAAGCUUUGGUAACACGAGAUUGAUCGACGACAAGGCACUACAUUUUUAAACCAAACAACGUACUAAAUUUAAUGUAAAAAAAGUCGAAAGCUCUACGUAUUCUUCCUACAAUCUUCUUAUAUCUACCUAUUAUCUUUUUUUCGAUACAAAAACGUUACCGUCUUACUUUUUUAUGUAACAAAUAACUAAACUGUCGCGUAUCUGAGAUUCUUGCGCGAUUUACUACCAAAACCGAGUGUAUAUGACGUGCUAAUGUAAUGAAAAAUAACUCGUAAGAACUUGUUUAAAUAACUCGAGUUAAUAAAAUACGAAGGCGAGAGUAUUUUUAAUACGCGACGGUUUACGCACAAAAUUUACCUAUUUUCUCCUGAAAUUGUUAAAAGUGUUCUUUAACUGGAACGUUAGUACUCGUCGCUUCUAUCGAUUACAAAGGCUCGAGAUAUCAAUUUCUUUUCGGAAUUUUCGAAAUAAAGGAACGCCCGAAAUAUUAAACACGCAAUACGAAUGUAUUCAAUACGUAAUCUCAACUUUCUGUAUUUCCUUUUGUUAGCAGAAUCGUCGUGUAGAGUUUCAAGUUAACAGCGAAAGGUUCGAUUGGUUUUAUCGAAACAAGUUGCUAGAAAGCAGUGUUAUAUAGUUUGACGAAAUUAAUAAUUUUGGAAGUAACAAUCAGCAGGAGUGACAUCUCUUUGAAUAUUUUUCUUAACGUCCAUCGAAAGCGCGUCUAAAUUCGAACUGAAGUUGCUGAAAAGUCCUUACACUGACAAGCAAAUGACAAUGAUACCCGUCGUUACAAACAUCGAAUUUUUGAAUUUCUUGAAUUAAAAUUCCUACGAUUUAAGUGUGUGCCACUGCAGUGGUAAAUAUACAUGUCUACGAAAGUUGCUAUUUCUUUCUUCGGGAAAAUUCAAUUAAUCGAUCGCUAGACCGCAGAUACUUUCGCAAAUUGAUGUGUCUGUGAUGAUAAUCGAAGAACUAGAGUUAAUUGUAAGUAAUAAUAAUAAAAUGUUAGUUUUGUAAAAAGAAAUCGUUUAAUCGGUCCAAAUCCAAGCGUUUGGCGUCAAGUAUAGGUCAAUUAUCGUACGAUGCUGCAACUGGGAAUUUUUACAUCGAUAAAAAAUACGUUUUCUAAAUUGUACGCCUAACUAUCUAUGAUGGUGAAAGCUGCGUUGAUUUAUUUAUUAUUUAAAUUUAAAUGCUCGAUGCCUAGGCGGUGUUGCAUACGGGGCAGCUAUCUUACAGAAAGAAAAAAUAUAGGAAGAAUAGUUAUUGUCCUGAAACAAGAUCGAGAUAUAAAAACCUGCGGGACUACGAUAGAAUGAAACUAUUUACAGACGACUAUCUCGAUUAUAUGGGGAAAAAGUGAAAAAUUGAAGAACCUAUGAAUAUCGUGUGUAGAAAUUACAAAAUAGAUAUUGACAGCAAACACAUAGAUGAAUAUUAUUAUUAAUAGUAUUAUGAAUAUUAUUAUGACGAGUAAUCGACUGUUUAAAUAUUUGUCAUCUCUGCGAAAAGUAAUAGUAAGCUUGCAUCUUCUGACAAACUUACAUCGCCAGUUUUCAGACAAAAUUUCCAUAUAUUUCGACACGCGUAAUACAUUCGUGAAAAGUGGCUACACGCGAGCUACGAUGAACAAAUACGAGUGGCAUUUGCUUUGCGCGCAGGAAAAUAAAAGAGAAUGCGCAGAAACGAAAUGAAUGUAAGAUCGUAAUAUUGGUAAAAUAUAUAUAUUUGCAUCGC